AUGGGACGGGAGCUCCUCGCUCAAACUCUCGGCCGGUCCUUUCGAAGCCAUGUUAUCUCCCAGCACUUCCUGAUUCAGAAUGCUUUCACUUUCUGUUACACUUCUGCGUUGAAUGAACGCCGUAGGUUCGGCAUAGCCCUUUAUCCUGCGCCACAGACGGACAGGCACCUCUCCAAUAACGUAACUGCGCCUCGCGGCAACGCAGACCGCUCCAGCUCCCAGCAACAGCCCGUCCUCACACACACAGCCAAUCAGCGACCACCGCUGGGAGAGGGAUGCUGCCAUUGGCUGAGGGGUGUCAGUGGGCGGGACGCUGUUUGGACCGGGACCGAGUGGGCCGGAGACCGGGAGCUGCGCCUCGGGUUUCGGCUGCACCACCAGCGGGUCGUGAAUCCUUUCGAAGGCAGAGCUGAAGAGACCGGCGGAGAUUCCGUGAGAUGUUUCAGCUACACGAAGGGCGCCCGGCCUUUCCCCGCCGAGGAUCGGGGCCUGCUGGGAGACGAGAGCUGCCCCGCAGCGGCUGCCGGUGGAUCUCCGGAGCUCUCACCGCUCCCCUGUGCAAUCCGAACGGCUGAAAACCAAGGGAGAACAAGGCGCAAAGGUAAACUCGUGCUUCAGAAAAUAACAAACAGGAGCAUGUCUGGCCAUUCGGCCCGUUGCGCCUGUUCCACCCUUUCCUCAGAAUAGUCCUAUUUAAAUCUUUUUAUUGAUUUUGAACAAACAUAAAUGAAACAUGAAUACAAAGAGCUUGAGAGUAAAUAAUUGAUACAAAUAGAUGAUUAAA